CAAACCCGCGUUCGACUCCACACAGAUAUUUUCUUAUCUUUUGCGCGGCAAAACAAGCGCACGCUGGUAUUUUCGGUGGGAGGAGUGAGGGGCUGUUGGUCUGGUUUUUAGUAAAAGAAACUAACAGCUUAACUGAAACCGGAACUCACCAAUAACUCAUCACAGAAACCUGAACGAGUAAAAUCAAACAACAAAAAAAUGUCUUCACUAAGAAGUAAAUCCGCACAGGACAUUAGCGACCUUCUGGAUGAGUACGGGAUAAAGCACGGGCCGGUGGUCGACUCCACCAGAGGUCUGUAUGAGAGGAAGCUGAAAGAGGCCAUGGCCAAAGGGAAAGUCUCCAAAGCCUCCCCUGAUAAAACCUUCUACCGAGAAGAGGAGGAAGUCACCUACGUAUACAGGACACCUGUCAGGAAUGAAAGUGCAGGAGACCGUGGCUCCUACAUACGGCCAAGAUCAGAUAAGAGUGAGAGGGAAUUUGAACCUGUACAAUCGUACUCCAGCUACUCGAGCGCAAUGCCUGAAUACAGAGGAAGAGAUUUGGUCGAUGAGUCGGACAUGUACGACACACCGUCAACUUACAGAGACUCCUAUAAGAAAUCGACCCCCAUGAAAUCGCCAGAAGCACCAAAGUCGUCUCGCCUCAUCCCACUCUGGGUUCAGUUUGUCUUCUUCCUGGCUGUGGUUCUCUUCCUCUACUUAAUUUUUUCAAGCAUGGAAGCAAAUGAAUCCCUCAAAGGAAUAGAAUGAUUUUUUUUAAAUGAAAGCCUGGUUUAAGGGGAUAUUAUACAUAAUGGUGCAUUUUGAUUGGAUGUAUGUAUUUUGGUUAAUGCAUUUAAUUUAGACCUUGCUGACAUUGGGCUUAAUGCAAUAUUUGUAUGCUUUAUAGUGGCGGUUUACGUGCUUGCUUAUGGUCAUGGGUAAAAUUGUCAAACAGCAACACUACUAGAAGAGAUGAGGACACCAGGAGGACCAGCACAUAUCACAAAGAAAUAUAGAAAAGCUUUCUUCCUCUUCCCUGGAUGCUUUCAGUGGGAUCUGGUGAGGUUUUUGAUAUCAUCAAUCAGCAGCUCCUCCACAGCCCCGUGCACCAACUGGUGAUCUUGUGGUGCUAAAUGUGGCAAGAAAUUAAUUUAUUUCCAGAUGUUAUGGCAGUUUUACUAUACAUUCUAUAUCCACAGAUCUUGAUUGCAGCAAUUUAAGAUCAAUGGAUUAUUAUAAGGUUAAAUAUUUAGAAAUAGAGAUGUUGUUGACUAAGGUUUUUUAUAUUAAGAGCAUAAAGAACCCCGACUACAACCCCAUUUUAUUGUUAUUAAACCUCAGACAAUUAAAUAUACUCUUUCAGCCAUUCACAAUGAAUCUAUCUGCAUGGGAAGAUCAUACUUUAUUAACCACAUCUUAAAAAUCUCAAAAUGUCAAACUUCAUAUUCCAUUGAUUGAAUAAGAGACAUGUCAGUUUGCCAAAUUUAAAUCAAUUUUUGGCUAUAAUUUUUUUGCACUAAAAAUACACAGAACGAGUGUGUCCAUAUCAAUAACAAACAGCUAAACCUCACGUCAGUGCUUUAAUCAAUCUGCUAUUCAGUAUCAAAAAUGCUUCCAUUUGUCAGUUAUCAGAAAUAAUUAUUAAAAAGUACAGCUUUCAGACCAGCUGUCAUAAAAGUGCCUAAGUGGUUUUGUAGGAACAAUUGGGAUUUUUUUUCAAAAUGUAAUAAGUACUAAUAUUUUAUCUUGGGUACAAUUAUUAAAUUGAACUGUUUAUACAAGCUGUAAUGACAUGUGUAUGUUUUGUUCCACUAGGAAUGUGCACUUUUAUUAUCCAACUUUUACAUUUUAUAGAGUUUGAUGUGAUGUGUUUUGUAUUGCUGUAACAUUAUUUCAACUAUUAAAAGAGCUUGAAUAUGUAAA